AUGACUUCGAAGUUUUGGGUUAAACUUGUACAAUGUUUUAAUCAUUGUUUAUUUCAGGUGAUAGAUCUUGGUUUAGCAGUAGAAAUUCCUGCAGGAGCUUCAUCUGUACAGGUUGAAAAUGUACAGGGCACUGAACCCUUCCUGGCUCCUGAAUGUUUCACCUCCCAGGUUGUGGUAAAGGAGAAUAAAUCUUUGUUCCUGACAACCCUGACUCAAGCUGUAGAUGUUUGGGCACUUGGAGUUCUUCUCCUUCAUCUUAUUCCACUCACGGGUGAUAUUCCUUCCCCAACUCUUCCAAUAAACUUUAUACUGACAAGGGUUGCCUGGAACCUAGAUACUAUUCCAGGUUUAAGUGAACUUCUUAGUUCUUGUUUAAAAAUGAAUCCUGAUGAACGUCCUCAAGCAAAACAUUUAAUCAAAACAAGAUGGUGACCUUUUCUGGUCUAGAUUAAAGCUUUACAGUGGUCACCAAAAAACAGUAAAUAAUUGUCAUCUUCAUUCUUUUAUCUGAUAAAAAUGUCGCUUUCA